AUGAAGAGUGCGAGCACUGUCGAGAGGAUUUGGUUCCAGGAUCCAGAACAACUAAGCAAAGAAAUAGAAGGAGACCAUAAGAAAACGCCUUUGGUUCCUCCUGCGCGUCCUCCGAAUGGGCGCAGAGGUGUUGUGAUUCAUGUUGUUGCUGUGACUGCAGAUGUAUGUGAAAAAGUUGAGUUAGCAUCAAGCGAUGAAUUCAUUAGCUGUUCAGUUCUGUUGCUGCAUAUUUCUUCCAAAACAACGCGAGAGAUUCUUUCCCAAGUUUUACAGAUAGGGACGUUGUUUCCGAAACAGUGGAAUGCUAGGACUCUAGCAGUUACUUCAUGGUGUCAUAUAAAGGAGAUUUUUGUUGCUGCAUCGUAUCGAUAUCCGCAUCUGAAAAAGUGA